AUGCCCGAGAGUGGGACUAAGGUGAUCGCCAAGAAAGGAGCCAAGAAGGCGGCGUCUAAGUCGCACCUGAAGGGCGAGAAGAAGCGGCGCCGGGUGCGCAAGGAGAGCUACGGCAUCUACGUGUACAAGGUGCUGAAGCAGGUGCACCCAGACACGGGUAUCUCCUCCAAGGCCAUGAGCAUCAUGAACUCCUUCGUCAACGACGUCUUCGACCGGAUCGCCUGCGAGGCGUCGCGCCUGGCUCACUACAGCCGGCGCCACACCAUCUCGUCGCGGGAGAUCCAGACGGCCGUGCGGUUGCUGGUGCCCGGCGAGCUGGCCAAGCACGCCGUGUCCGAGGGCACCAAGGCGGUCACCAAGUACACCAGCUCCAAGUGA